CGAGGUGUCUCUUAAGUCAUACAGAAAAGUGAGUGAGGGGUAGAGCACGCGGGCUAACUCCUCGUGCCAACCAGGCUCGUUUUAUAUCCCCGUUACAAAUAAUAAAACUGGAUAUAUCGCACACAGGGCUUUCCUUCUGAGUGCCCCAGUCAUUUGGGCCCAUCUUCAGCUGUGCUCGAAUUCUUCAGGCUCCAGUUAAACAUGUCAUCUUCAUAUGCUGCUGCCAUAUCAGCCCUUCUUUCAGCCAGCUCUUCCAAUCCACCAGCAAGAAGUCCUAAACCUUCCCCCACUCCCAGCAAACCCGUACACUCCCCUCCAGGUGUACAGAUACAUCGUCAUUCACCUGAGCCUCUGGGAUCCUGUGAUGAGCAACAGGAGAAUCCUGCAGACUAUGGCAUUGGUGGUUACUACCCUGUAGAGAUCGAAGAGAUUUUCGUUGACCGUUACCAAGUGGUUAAAAAGUUGGGAUGGGGUCACUUCUCUACUGUAUGGCUCUGCUGGGAUAUGGUGCAGGGGCGUUUUGUGGCUCUGAAGGUUGUGAAGAGUGCUCAAACAUUCACAGAGACGGCACUGGAUGAGAUCAAACUUCUGAAAUGUGUGAGGGACAGUGACCCCAAAGAUCCAAAACGUGAGAACAUUGUGCACCUCAUUGAUGACUUCAGGAUCACUGGAGUGAAUGGAGAGCAUGUGUGCAUGGUUCUGGAGGUGCUGGGCCACCAGUUGCUGAGGUGGAUCAUCAAAUCCAACUACACUGGCCUUCCCCUACCCUGUGUUAAGAGCAUCCUCAGACAGGUUCUGCAGGGUUUAGAUUACUUGCACAGUAAAUGCAAGAUUAUCCACACAGACAUCAAGCCGGAAAACAUCCUCCUAAGAGUGGAUGAGGUUUACAUUCAGAACCUGGCGGCCAACACCAAGUUGUGGCAGCUGCCAGUGUCCUCUGCUUUCACCAGCUCCACAGUGAACAGAAACUCCAGAGAAAAACAGAGUUUGUCCAACUUGUUGGGGAAGCUGACUGGGGUUUUCCACACUCUUGGGGAGUGGUCCAGCAAGGUAUCCAGAAGCCCCAUCAAACAACUGACAAGAAAAGACAGGAGUCAACGAGGACAGGAGCGUGCAUCUGCCUACAAUCAAAAAGACACACUUCAUGUAUCGUUCUCUGAUGUCCCUGCUCCUCCUAGCCCCCGUAGCUCCACCUGUCCCUCUAACCCCACAUUAAGGAGGCAGACACUGCUGUUGGAGGACGGACUGGGUUUGGCUCCACACAGCCAGAAAGACUCCAUCGGCUCGUGGCCAGACCUCAACAUAGAUGCUACUGUCUCUGGUUCUAGAUCAGUGUUAUUACAUCAGACAUCUUCACCAUCUUCUCACCGUAGAAUCAGUGACUCAAGUGCACUUCUGGACCUACUGAAUCCUCAGAAUGCUGAUAAAAUCCUCAUCAAGAUUGCUGACCUAGGCAAUGCCUGCUGGGUGCACAAACACUUCACUGAAGACAUCCAGACGUGUCAGUACCGCUCUGUGGAGGUUCUGAUUGGUGCUGACUACGACACACCAGCUGACAUCUGGAGCACCGCCUGCAUGGCUUUUGAGCUGGCCACAGGGGACUAUUUGUUCGAUCCCCAAUCAGGAGCCACUUUCUCCCGAGAGGAAGAUCACAUUGCCCACAUCAUUGAGCUGCUGGGAUCCCUUCCGUCCCAGUUCGCCCUGUCAGGGAGAAAUUCCAAACAAUACUUCAACCGUAAAGGACAACUGCGACACAUCUCAAAGCUGAAGCCAUGGAGCUUGUUUGAGAUCCUGCUGGAUAAGUAUGAGUGGCGGCGGGAGGAAGCCAUGCAGUUCAGCUCGUUCCUCCUGACUAUGUUGGAGCUACUGCCAGAGAAAAGAGCCACAGCUGCUCAGUGUCUGAAACAUCCCUGGAUCACGUUCUAGAUGUACCAGUUCUGUUUUCUUCAUAGCCCAGUGGACAAGCUCUCUGUUCAGGAACAGGCUGGCACACAUUGCACUGGUCACGGGAAUUGGACAGCUGUGGGAUAUACAGCAGUAGUCUGAUGCUGGCAUCAAAAGGCUUUCACAGCUUUCAUAGAGCUUUAUUAGCCUAAAUAACAGCUUUUAACCAGUUGGGCUGCUUGGUCUUUAAAUGUGUGUUAAGUCACAUCUAAUUCAGGCACAGCAAUGACCAAAGAAAAGUAUUGUCUUACUGAAAAACUGCCUUGAAACAUGAUCACAAAGUUUCAGAAUUUUAAUAAACAGACAUAAGAU